UGCCCUAAACGUGUUUGGGUUUAAAAGACGUUUCCAGCCUUCUGGUUUGCUCUCUGGUGUGUGAGGUUAUCAUGGAUAGAGCUGUGUUAAACGUUACCUCUUUGCUGCUGCUGUUGGCUUUGGUUACCACUCUGCCAACCAAGGAGGACUGGGACAUCUACAGCUUUCACAUCAACUCCACAGUGACCAGUCGUUAUGCCACCACUGUCAUUACAAGCCGUGUGGCCAAUCGCAUGGACGAGUCCAAGGAAAUAGAGUUCCAUGUCCGGAUUCCCAAGAAUGCCUUCAUCAGUAAAUUCAGAAUGUUUAUUGAUGGGCAGCUGUACGAUGGUGCUGUGAAAGCAAAGGAGCAAGCUCAGCAAGAGUACACUCAGGCUGUGUCCAGUGGCUAUAGCGCAGGGAUGGUCAGUUCUGUUGGGAGGACCCUGGAGGAAUUUAAGACUUCUGUGAAUGUGGCUCCUCACAAAAAGGUGACCUUUGAACUCACAUACGAGGAGCUGCUGAAACGCCGGAUCGGCAAGUACGAGCUGCAAAUCAACGCUCGCCCCAUGCAGCCUGUCAGAGACUUCAAGGUGGAUGUGUAUAUUCACGAGAAAGCCAGCAUCAGUUUCAUUAAAGUUCAAGGAGGACUGAGCACCAAGGACCUGGCUAAUGCCAUCACCAAAACACAUGCAGAUAAAGAGGCGUGGGUGCAUUUCUACCCCACCGAGGACCAACAGAAAACAUGUGACAGCUGUGGAGAGCAGGGUAUGAAUGGAGAUCUGGUUGUUGUGUAUGAUGUGAACAGAAACGCCUCGAUUGGAGACAUUAAGCAAAGUUCGGAUGGGUACUUUGUUCAUCACUUCGCUCCAUCUAAUCUUGCCCGAAUAUCCAAGAACGUUGUCUUCAUUAUUGAUCGAAGUGGUUCCAUGUAUGGCAUAAAAAUUCAACAGACGAGAACAGCAUUACUCCAUAUCUUGAGUGAUCUGGCAGAAGACGACUACUUUGGUCUCAUCACCUUUGACGGCAAAAUCUUUCACUGGAAACGAGAACUUGUUCAGGCCAGCAAGGAAAACCUGGGAAGUGCCAAGGAAUUUGUAAAGCGUGUAAACCAUGGAGGACUCACGGACAUUAACCUGGCAGUGUUGGAAGGAGCCCGUAUGCUGAAGGCACAUCCCAGAGAAGGUUCAGCAUCGAUCCUGAUACUUCUCACUGACGGAGACCCAACAUCAGGUGUGACAGAUCUGGGAAGGAUAAAGUCAAAUGUAAAGGAGGCCAUUGCAGGCAAAUUCCCACUCUACUGUCUUGGUUUCGGUCUUGAUGUCAACUUUGAGUUCCUGAAGACGAUGUCGCUGCAGAACGAUGGAGUGGCACGGCGGAUCUAUGACGACUCUGAUGCUGAUAUACAGCUGAGGGGUUUCUAUGUAGAGGUGGCCACUCCACUGCUGACAGAUGUGACAAUGAUAUAUUUGGGUGGGACCAAUUUGACCCAGACAAACUUCAGCCAGUAUUAUGAUGGCUCUGAGAUUGUGGUGGCCGGUCAGAUCACUGACAACCACGUUAAAACCUUUAUUCCACAAGUUGUGGCCAUCUCUCGGAAUAGCAAGGUGACAUUUUCGGAAACAAACAUGACAGAAAUAGUGUCUGACGACCACAUCCAGAGGGUUUGGGCCUACCUCACAGUCAAACAGCUUCUGGAGAAAGAGCUGCAGUUGUCUGGACCGGAGAAGGUCAAGGUGAAGGAGGAGGCCUUGGAGCUGUCGCUGAAGUACAGCUUUGUGACCCCACUUACAUCCAUGGUGGUGACCAAGCCUCAAGGAGAGAGCACAGAUGUGCUCCAUAAACCGAAGGAAGGUGGUACAGACAGAGAUGAGCAGAGUUCUGGAAGAGUUUCUCUUGGAAGUUAUGGAGGAGGUGGUUAUCAUAGGGCUCAAAUUCCAACACCCCGUCGUCCUAGGCCCAAAGGAGCAGCACCCCGUCGUGCUAUGCACCCUGGAGCAGCACCCCGUCGUCCUAUGCCCACUGGAGCAGCUCCUCCUUCUCACAGGUUUUUGAUGAAAGCUGAAAAUCAGUCUAUUCCACUGUGCUUUGACAUCACUGGAAAUGUACGGCUUAAACUACUUCACAGUCCCAGCAGGGAGCUGUUUGUGAACGGUGAGCUGGACUCAGUUGCAGAUGGGGGCUUCACAAAGAUCGUCAUCAGGGUCAAACCUGACCUGUACAUUGACAUUGACGUCAAUGAAAUCAUUGUAACAGAUGGACAGACACUGACACACCACACUGGAGAGGAGCAAAUCACAGCUGGAAGUGUGACGGUGAUUAAACGGAACAAGGAAGUCGAUGUCGCUACUGGGGACAUACGAAUUGUCAUCUUACUUCAUGAGAGGCACGGUGAAAAAUUCCUCUGGCCGGUUUUAAGGCGGCGUCCAUCUGACAACAACGCUGAAGGAAUUUUAGCUCUAAAACCUGCGGUUUAUGAGGAGCUGCAGCAAACCCCCUCUUCCAGGCUUAAGAUCAAUGGGCAGGAGGUGGAUGUGGGCAGAUUCGGUGCUGUUGACUACAGUAUUCCCAGUCCCCCUAUAGGGGGUUGCUGGCUUGUCUCUGCCGAAGCUGCCCUGCAGAGACCCCUGGAUGACUUCAUUGUCGAACAUCUUUAAGUCAGAGCGACGCUGUAUCUCUUGAGAAGAUCAUCCACCUGGGAUUAUCAACAUAUAUGAAUAAAUAGUUACCCAGA